GAGUCAUGGUGGUGGUUUGAAAUUUAAAUGCACCCGCAGUGGAGACUAACGCCCCACGGCGCUCGAUAGAGGUCCAAUUCCCAAAUUAUUAAAUCCCUCCCGCAUUCGAGCCGUUGCAAAACCCUAACCCUAACCCAAACCCCCACCAAGACCUCUUCGAGAGGACAAGGACGACCUCCACUGAGAAGAAAUUAGGUUAGGGUUUAUCCGCGCCUCUUUCCCCUCUCCAUUUCUGCUCGAUUAUUGUUUCGAAAGCCGUUGGCUUCGAGAUGGAUGCCGUCCUCCUCGAAUCCCCGACCGUCGCGAAACCCCCGGCCUUCGCCCCUCUCGCGGGCCUCAAUUUUCAAUCCGUGCUCAAGGAAUCCAUCGACCGAUUCCUGAUCGAAGUCCAGAAGGAGUCCUGCGACUUCUCCGCCUUCCGUUCCAUCUUCUUCCGCUUGAUCCAGUCCAGCGCCGACCCUCCGCUCGAGGUAAUCUGGUUAUACUCCGCGGUUGGCUACCACGAGGCCAUUGCAUCCAAAAAAGACGCCAUUGAACGCGUUAUGGCCGUCAAGGACCUCCUUCAGCUGCUUUUCGCUUGCUCCGCUUCUUGUGGUGGCCUAAAGUCGAUAGCUUUGCUUGCUCCUGCUGUUUCCGAGUUGUAUCGAUGCGUGACAGAGGCGGAGAAGCUCUCCAAGAAGGUGGCGAAAAAGGCGAGGAGGGAGAUCGAGGCUUUGGUGGAAGGGAUAAUCAGUUACAUCAGCAUUUGUAGCAGCAAGAGCUCCAAGGUGGAAGAAUUUUCUGAUAGCUACCUGCUUCCUUGCUUUGUUGAUCUUGUUCGAGUCUGGACGGUGCAGCAUUCGUGUGGAUUGGAUGGCCUGGGAGUACUUUUUCCCUUGGUUAGUGAUGAGAUUCGGGGCCAGUUCCGGAAAGAAGGGUGUGGUACUGGUUAUUUGGCUGGUGUUGUGGUUACCGAGGCUUUCUUGCUGAGGUUGUGCUUAAAGAUCAAAGCAGCCGGGGCGCCAAGGUCUGACUUACAGAAGGAGUUGAGAAUUUGGGCUGUCAGUUCGAUAACUACUUUUCAGAACCGUGUCUUCUUUGAGAUACUACUCAGGCUGCUGCUGGACCCACCAAUGCCUGUCAGCUUCCUCUUGAUUGCGUUCUCUACAGAAUGCUACAAGUGUUCUAUGGAUGAAAGCUUGGUGAGAGACAUUCUCUAUGAUGCUGUUAUAUUAGUAGAUUAUUCUUUCAUUAAUCCUGGAUUUGAGGUGGAACGAUCUGAUGAUUCUAUAAUGAAUCUUCUUAUGACACGGUUGAUUGUUACCCAUGAAGCCAUCCAAGUUGCCAGAAGUAGGGGAGAUCAGGGCAAAGCCAUUGCUUAUAUAAAUGCAUUUUCAACAUCGAUUAUUCCCAAUGGAUUAGUUAAUUGGGUCACUAAACGAGUUGGCUUGGAGAGACUUAACAGACCAACUGCCACCACACCUCAAGCUCUUCUCAAGUGGUUCCUGGGUCUUGAAGAACAAGGUCUGAGGCUGUUCGAAGACAACAUAUUGAAACUUCAUAGUAAAUUAAUAUUUGACGAGACCAAAUUUGGGUCUGAUGCUUCAGUGUUCAAUAUGGACAGCAAAAAAACAGAUGCAGAUCUUUUCUUUUUUGAUAACCGAGGGGAGGUUGCUAAGGAGGCUGCAGAGGAUGAGGACAUGGAAACAAUGGAUACUGCUUUUCUAGCUGCUGCUCGUUCCAUGAAAUCAACACCAAGUAAUGGAACGAAGAAACGAAAAGAAUGGGGAGAUGAAGAAGGGGAAGAGCAGAUGAAAUUUGUCAAGCAUAAGCUUGACAACAGUUCAGUGAAAGAGGAUUUUGCCCCUUCUGUCGUUCAUGAUAUGAGUAGUGGUAGUGAGGUCGAAAAUCCAGCAUCUGAUGAUGACAUGGAGGACACAGAUUAAUGAGCAGAAAUCGAAUUUUGUGCAUGGUGAACAACCGUAUCUUGAUCGUAGUUGGUGGCACUUCUGCUUGUAAUUCAAUGAGAAGGAUCAUUUUGCAUGAGUUGAUGCUCGGUUCAGGUUCUUGUCAUCUUGGGUCGAAGACUUCUGGCUGUGACAAAAGAUAGGUGGUCAUUUCUUGUGGGUUGUACCAAAAAAACUAUCACAUGGGUGAUCGGAAUCAGGUUUGAAAGGCAUCUAUUAAUUGUGGAGACAUCCAGUUUUGUUAAUUGCUAUAUGCCUGUUCGAUUUCCAUCAGCUGGUUACCUGAGUAUCUAACACUAGCCAUAAUCCCAGCCAUGUUGGAUACUUAUGUCUUUAGAUAUGUCGAAUUUACAAGAAGAUUGAAAAUGAUGAGCAGAAUUACAUGUUCUAUAUAGCAGGCUAUAUGAAUUUAUAUUAUCCUGAUAACCUAAAUUGCUUUGGGGCUCA